GUCAAAUCGCCACACACGCAAAAACGCUUACGCGGAGAAAACCGAUCCAUUCGCAUGUAAACAAGGGACAUAAUUUUCACAAUUUCCCUUAGUUUUCCCCGGAAUUUCCACUGUUAGACGGGCGGAAACACGAUAACCGGUGGAGCCGAAAACGCUGGUAACGAUGAUCAAACAACCGGUCCUCGCGGAGCUGCAGUAUUUCGUGACGAGCGUUUCGCACCUUUACAAGGGCAUUCCGCUCAAAGAUUCGAGCGCCCUGGUCAAGUGCAGUUUGCACCUGCUGGAGGAUUUACCGUCGACGCGGGAUGCUGUUUUCGAGUACUUCUCGCUGGUGUUCAACGGGGCCGUCAAGCUGUAUCUGAUCAAUGUCGAGAAGAACAAUCAAGAUGCAUCCCAAGACGACGACGCAAUCCAGGAAAUACAUGAGACGUUGGAACGGUUGGUCACGAACGGGCCUCCGGCUUGGUCGCCGCUCAUCUCUUCGUGGUGCCUGCGUUUGCUGGGUGAGAUCUGUGACAAGAACAGCAGAAGGCGCCAGCUAGACAUCCGGACGUCGUGCAAUCUGUGGCUGGGUUGCAAUGCCAUCCGUUGCCUGGUGGGCCUGACGGCGCUCUGUUUCAGCAAGUUGGACGAGCAAGAAGUGGACGCUUGCAUCACGGGCCUUUUGAACACCUUUGCUCAGUAUUCGCCACACUUUGAUUGGGUUGUGGCCCGGCUGGGAGGAUGCUUCCCAUCGAAAGUCAUCUCCAAGAUGCUUUACUGUGGCUUGAAGCGCUUCACCGGCGAGUACGAUCAGGUGGACUCCGAGGUGGAAGUUUUGAGCUAUCUGGCCGCAGCGAACGAGAAGGAUUUGCGCCAGUCGCUGAAGGAAAUCUGCGAGAAGGAAACGAUGAACAAAUUGGUCGUGCCGUACCUGCUACAUCUGUCCAAGCAUUCGGACGUUUUGGCUCAGGCUUUGGCAAUGGUGUUCCUGGAAAAUUAUACGGACAGUCAUCUCCAACUCAUCAAAACCCAAAGCAAAUUUUGGCCGAACAACUACAGCACGACCAACGUGAUUCACAUCAUCACCGGAUUGCUCCUUAAAAUCAAAAAAGCCUCCAUCGAAGUACUGCUGACUCUACCUCGCAUUGCGGAAAAGUUUUCCUGGUGUCAGGAACUGCUAGAAAUGCUUUUUGUCGAGCUGGAAGCAAUCGUCCUCGAAAAGCGGACCUGCCCUCUCCUAGAGGAUGCCGUCAAGGACACCUCCAAAGAGUUGCUGUGGCAAUCGUGCCUCAGUGACUGUGCGCUUCUACAGCAAAGUGCCGUUCGCUUGAUACUGCUGGCUAGUCUGAAAUCGUCCUACUUUCUCCAUCAAUCGAUCGCCCACCUGCUGGCCGAAUCUUCGGGAACCUCCACAAACGCCAGCAAACCUCACCUGAACGGUCUGGUACGAUUGCUCGGAGGCCCACACGGUUCACCCGAACUGCCUCGGAUCAAGCCCGGGUUCGAAAUUGCUCUGGAAAAGAUGCUGCUGACUCCGGGUCGGAGUCGCGAUAAUUGGAACAUUCUGAGGAAUUUGGUGGAGAUCGUCAAGCUGGAGCGGGAUUCGUUCAAUGUACACCUGAAGAAGACAAACUGUGUACAAAUGUUGCAGGAGCUGCUCGUGAGAUUGAUGGCCAUCUGGGAGAUGUUGAUGAAUCAGGAGAAGAUCCCGUUGCCGCAGCAACCGAGGGACACUAUGGCGUCGGAGGAAGUAAAGACCGAAACAAAAAAAGUGAAGCGCGAAGAUGGAGGGACGGAACCGACGGAUACUGGUGAAGGUCCAAGCACUGCCAUUCACCCGCCUAGCUUUUGCACCCGGGAGCAAAUCCACAUGCUAGCCAAGCUGAUUGACUGCAUGGAGCUCAAUUCCAAGGCCUGCGUUAUGAACAUGUCAGAAACUCUGAAACUAUCGCAGCUAACCGUACGGUAUUUCUUCUUCUGCUUAGAACAGACAGCCAGUGGAGAAAAUUUGGCUUCCGAGGACGAAGCGAACCUGUACCGGUGCUAUCAGCUACUGUCCAGGCACAGUGCUACAAGGAAAGCGGCCCGAACUGCAGCCUUGAGGGACAUUCUCGAGGGUGCUCUAUACCUGCACGGGCACUUGUUCGGUUCGCAAAUGGAACAUGACACGGUGGAUUACGGCAAACCCGAUGAACUUCUGAUAAAGUUGAAUCAGAAGCAAGGGGUGGCAAUGAACGCCUCUCGAGCAACGGUACUCCAUGCGGGCGUCAUUGGGCAUGGUCCGAAGCAACCGGCUAAAAUAGCCGAAGGUCCCCAAACGCACAUGCAGGAUCGCCUGAUCAGCGCCAUUGUGGCAUGCUGCCAAGAUUCCGAGCACCAAAACACAAUCGACGGCUUCAGCUACGUUUCCUUGCUUUUGGUGGAACUGGUAUCGCCAGAUGUAAUGUACAACGGUCUUCCCUGGCCGGAGGAAGAGUUCACCAAGGUGACCAUGGAACGAGAUCUCCAGAUUCGAAGAAUGUUCCGCAACUGCCCCAUCCUGUGGUCCAUCCUUGGGCUGAUAGCUUGCUAUCGACCUGCUCUCUGCUACAGUUCCGUUCUGCUAAGAGCUCUGUGCGCUUCGGUCCUGCACCAGUGGCGAUCGAAAUCUGCCGAAACGAUGAACGGUCACAAAACGGAACUGAUGUUUGUGACAACGAAACUGCUGGAAUUGUUGGCGCUCGGGCAGUUACUUCCACCUCCACUUAGCUAUCUGCACAUCGUCCUCCCGUACCUGGAUGCUAAUGAGAUCAUCUAUGUGCUCAAAGAGUGCGUCUGGAACUACAUGAAGGAUCACGUGCCCUCGCCGGUACUGUUCGUGUGUGACCCUACCGGUUUCCACUGGCGAGAUCCGCAAACGUCCCGGCCCCCGCCCCAAUACACGAACCCAUUGCGGAAUACAAUGCAAAAGAAACUGCCGAAAAUCGGUCACCUGUACCAUCAGAUGUUCGUAGGACCAGAGCUGCGGAAUCCCACCGUUUCGCACGUGACCAUGGUGAAUGGGUUGGGCGGAGGUGGCCCGGCCCCAUUGGGAGUGAACGUUGUCAAUGUUGCUGGCGUCGCCUCCAAUGGAAAUGGAAUGGUACUAGCCGCUUUACCGUUGGCUGCCAAUGGCAAUGGACCAAUCGGUAUUGUGAACAAUGCCGGACCCUUGGCACCGGGUAUAAUACCGGUCGUCACGCUGGAUUAGCUUAUGUUGUCAUCGUAAGAUUGUAGAUGUAGUUAGUCAACGAUUGAUUGAUGACGGUAAGUAUAUGUAGGAAGAUUUAUACAAACUCCAACUUAAGAGCGAUUAACAAUGUAAGAUUUUUUGGAUACAUGAUUA